AUGCCGGGCCAUGGUGUGGUUCUUUUUUCAUUUCAGUUUUGGGAGGUCAUCAGCAAUGAGCAUGGGAUCGACCCCACAGGCAGUUACCAUGGAGACAGUGACUUGCAGCUGGAGAGAAUCAACGUGUACUACAAUGAGGCUGCUGGUAACAAAUAUGUACCUCGGGCCAUCCUGGUGGAUCUGGAGCCUGGAACUACAGACUCCGUCAGGUCUGGACCCUUUGGCCAGAUCUUCAGGUCAGACAACUUCGUGUUCGGCCAGAGCGGAGCCGGGAAUAACUGGGCCAAGGGCCACUACACAGAGGGAGCCGAGCUGGUCGACUCGGUCCUGGAUGUGGUGAGGAAGGAGUCAGAGAGCUGUGACUGUCUCCAGGGCUUCCAGCUGACCCACUCUCUGGGGGGCGGCACGGGGUCCGGGAUGGGCACCCUGCUCAUCAGCAAGAUCCGGGAAGAGUACCCAGACCGCAUCAUGAACACCUUCAGCGUCAUGCCCUCACCCAAGGUGUCAGACACGGUGGUGGAGCCCUACAACGCCACCCUCUCUGUCCACCAGCUGGUGGAAAACACAGAUGAAACCUACUGCAUUGAUAACGAGGCCCUGUAUGACAUCUGCUUCCGCACCCUGAAGCUGACCACCCCCACCUACGGGGACCUCAACCACCUGGUGUCGGCCACCAUGAGCGGGGUCACCACCUGCCUGCGCUUCCCGGGCCAGCUGAACGCAGACCUGCGCAAGCUGGCGGUGAACAUGGUGCCCUUCCCCCGCCUGCACUUCUUCAUGCCCGGCUUUGCGCCCCUGACCAGCCGGGGCAGCCAGCAGUACCGGGCGCUCACGGUGCCCGAGCUCACCCAGCAGAUGACCUGCCCUUGCCUAGCAUCCAUACACUAA